AUGCGUUUCGACACUGUUCUUCAACUCGCCCUACUCCCUGCUUUCGCGGUGGCGGAUUUCCAUAUCGACACCCUCAGAAAUACUGCCAUCUCCAGCGGGUCGGGUCAAACUGUAUGGACGUCUACGGUGGCCUGUCCAUCUAAUUACUGGAACUGCAAAUGCCUUACCACUGGCGAUCGAACCGGGAAAGUCGACGGAGGUCUCGGUGAUAGUGUCUUUUCCAUCAAAUCAGGCUUCUGCGGCAUGGGAAAGCUCAACUUCUACAAGAAUGGCAACAAGUUUCUCAUGUACAAGGAUGGAGGUGACGGUUCGGUCAUUGGUACUUGCGAACUCAACAAUGGAGAUGCUGGGAAGCAAUGUGGCAUUACGGGUGGCAACUCGAUCAUCACGGGAGGAUAUGUGUGCUACACCUAUGUCUGCAAUUAG